GCGGAACAAAGAGCGCCCUUUUCUUCACUCUUCGAAGAUGGGCUGUAUGGCUGACAAAGAGUCACAACACUGAAGACGCAGGUGAGAUUGGGAGGCAGCUCCUCGAGAGUUCUUCCCAAUCAGCUAACCAUAUCCCUUGGACGUCCACGUAUGGGCAGAACAUUGGUGCCGCGUGGAAGCCCACGUAAGGGAGGGACAUGGAUGCUGCCUGUCGAGUGUAUUCAUCAGGAACGCUCUGCCCACAGCUGUGGCGAGGACACGUGUCACAAGGACGAGCGACCAAGAGCAGAUGCAGAAGAGAAGGAAUCUGUGUCUCAUUUAUUCCCUGAUAACAUUGGCUGUCAAUUAGAGCAGAUCCGCCUUGGUGUUUUGUGGAUGGGUGAGAUCGGAGAUCCCGAGGGGAACAGAAAGGAGGUGGCAGGGGCCAGCAUUCCUGGCCGUACCAGCGUCGGUCGGAGUCACAAGCUUGUCCAAGAAUCUGUUCAUUGACCAAUCAACCUAUCGAUCAGUCAUAUCAAUCACUUGAUUGGUGGAUUGGUGGAGAAAGAAAGAUGCAGGAUGAAGUUAAGUAUUGCGGAAAUUGGCGCUGCGGAUCUGCAGAGAGGCGAGCUUCACCGGACCCUGCUGCGCGUGCAAUUGCGGGAAGACAACGAGCGAUGUGGGGAAUGGCAUGGUGGUAUUUUGAAUGACAAAAUGUGGGAGCGCAUCUCGCUCAAAGAGGAAAACGUUCUUCGGUUCAUGCAAUUUGACGGUGCCUAAUCGAAAGUACUGCUGACGUGUCUAUUACACGUGGGCUUUGAUGGGGCUGUAGUGGGCCCUCCUCCACACACGUGAGCUCUCGCGGUCGCUAGCUUCUACUCCCUCCUCUACUCCCUCCUGUACUCCCUACUCUACUCCCCCCUUCUCCUCUCCCCACUUUCUCUCUGUGCUGUCUUCCUUCUCUCCUCGUUACUCUCCCUCUCUCUCUUCUUUUCCUUCCGCGCAGGAGAACUGUAUGCAAGGAGGGCCGGGCGCGGUCCGCAAGGAACGGUCGAGAUUAUCAACGCCGCGGAACUAAUUUACAGUAAAUAGAUAAUCAACGC